AUGCUCAACCUAAAUGCCAAAACCAAAAAGGUGAGUUUACAUAACUCACACUUACCUGUGCUACUGAACAUUCCAAAAAUCGAAAUAUUCAAUACAUCAUAUGUAAAGCGGACAAACCACUUCGAUGUUGACGAAAGUCAUAUCUUCUCUGCAAACCUCGCCCUGGCCAUGAAACGUGCUAAGCAAUCCGCUGAUGCUUGA